AUGGCUUCAAAAGGUGUGCUUCUUGUCCUAACUUGCUUCCUUCUCAUCAACACCAAGGUUUCAUCAGAUGAGGAAAAAAAUGAGUUAAAUAAUGCUUACAACAAGCCACCCCCACCCCUGCCUCCGGUAGUCAAGGCGUCCCCACCACCACCACCACCAUCUCCAAGCCCACCCCCUCCUCCAGUAGCAAAGGCGUCCCCACCACCGCCAUCGCCACCAAGGAACACCAAAGAGUGUGGAGUGUUGUGUGUGGUGCGGUGCAAGAAUCAUUCGAGGAAGAACGUAUGCCUGAGGGCGUGCGUAACAUGCUGCGAUAGAUGCAAGUGUGUUCCACCAGGGCAGUACGGAAACAGAGAGAAAUGCGGCAAAUGCUACGCCACCAUGACCACCCGCGGCGGCAAGCUCAAGUGUCCUUGAUUCUUCUUUCUCUUCUUUCUAAAUUCACCAAAUUUUCUUCACUCCAAAACCAACAUACCAUAUCAGAUUUGCUCUACCUACCUUGUGUUAUGGACUAUUUAAUGGAGUGAUUAAUAAAUUCAUCCUGCUAAAUGUAUCAAGUCGAAUAUAUGUCUGUUUUCGCA